AUUUUCCACAACAAUAAUGUGAAAAUUCUUUCUAUUCCCAUCAAGUGAAUGUAAUUUCCCACCAAAAAUUCUUCAUUAUUCUAAACAUUCACAUUAACCCAUAAUAUUUUUUAGUAUAACAAAAGUAGAUAUAUUAAUUUAUUUUAUUUUCCUUUAAUUUUUAUCAUAAAUACUCUUGAAGACCGUUAAGAAUUCAACUUUUGAAAGGCGACUUUUAGCUUCGUAACGUUAUUUAGCUUAAUAUGAAGGUAAGCUGUAAAGUGAACCAAGCUUCAGCCACAAUAUACGUCGGUUACAGAGUUUCAUCCGAAGCAGCAUGAAAAAAUCAGGAUGAAUUUCCAAGCUUUAGCCACAAUUUAUAAACGCUCUGCAUCAUCCCAUUUGAAUUAUUGAAAUUCAUAAAUCUUGAACACUUGCUUGUCAUAUUUGAGUGUAUGGUUGCUGAUUGCUGAUUGCUGAUCGCUGAUCGCUGAUUAUUGAUUAUUGAUUGCUAAUCGUAAAUAAGUGCGGAGAAAAUGAAUGCACUACGUAGUAUGAUUGGUUUAAUUUCUACAACUACAAGGAAGUUUCAUAAUGCAUUAAAUAAUGCAAGAAAUUUUGAGGCUAUCAAUGAACAAUUAGAAGUAGAUAAUAGUGAUGGAUUUAUAGGUAGGAAAAUAGAGGAAGAAUGGUUGUGCAAUAAGUAUGUAAAUAGGGUAAAAAGUAUGAUACUAGAAGAUGAUGAAGCAAUGAUUGGAAUAUAUGGGACGGGUGGGGUAGGAAAGACCACCCUUGGGAAGCAUAUCCACAAUUGGGUUAUGAAUAAUGUCAUCUCAUGUAGUGAUCAUGUCAAUGUUGCUAUUGCUUGGGUCUCCGUGGGGUUUGGUGUCACAAUAUACCAAUUGCAACAAAAAGUGGCUAAUGCAUUUGAAUUGGAUCUUCAAGACGAGGAUGUAAAUAGACGAGCAGCUAUUAUAUACGCGUUUUUAUGUAGCUUAGGAAAGUACAUACUCUUCCUUGACGAUUUGUGGGGUGAUUUUCGACUAGAAGAUGUUGGUAUUAUUCCUCGACAAUGCAAAUUGAUUUUGAUGUCACGGUCAUUAGAUAUAUGUCGUUUAUUUGGUUGUCAGAAGGUAAUUAAACUUGAGUCACUCUCACCGGAAGAGAGUUGGGAAUUGUUUCACCAUCAUAUAGGGGUAGGAGGAUAUGGUGUUUUAGAUUCUCAACAAUUGUGCUAUGUUAAGAAAGUAUUGUAUCAAGUGUGUGGGGGUCUUCCACUUGCUAUUACCCUUUUAGCUAAAAGCAAUGCAAGUAUUGAAUGGAACGUUAAAGAAAUGGAUACGUUUUGUAUAUCAUCGCGAGUAACCCAAUUACAAGAGGUGAUCGAUCGAUUGAAGUUAUCGUAUGAUAGAUUAAUAAACAACGUCAAAUUGCAAAAUUGUUUCUUAUAUGCUGCUAUCUACAUCAAAGGAAACCCAAUAUGCAAAGAAGAAUUGAUACAUCUUUGGAUAAAAAAAGAAGUUAUAGAUGACAUAGAAUCUUUAGAGGCACAGUUGGAUAUGGGACAUACCAUAUUAAACAAGCUUAUCAAUUCUUGUCUAAUGGAAACUUGUAAGGAUGGAAGUAGCAUUAAAAUGCAUCAUUUAAGUAGACAAAUGGCUCUUUCCAUUGCUAAAGAUAGUAACCUCAUUCCAAAACUUGGUGCACUUUCCAAGUUGGAGUCCAAUGGAAAUCUCCAUCGCUCCAUGUAAUAUAUCAUAUUAUAUUAUUAUAUGAUAUAAAUAAAUAUACUAAAAGAAGGACUAGCUAUCAACAUCAUAUAUUAUAAUUUUCCUCUCAAUUUUUAAUUUUGAUUUCGCUUGUAUUUUAUUUUUUUAUAUAUUCAUACAUAUUAAAUAUUCAUCGUUUAAAUUUAUUGUUACUUGUUGACUAUUC